AUUUGCAAGGAAAAAAAGCACCCCAAUUGUUAAUUUCGUUGCCAUGGAAAAUGCUCGAAUGACAGAAUAUUAUAAAACAAAGUUAAAGUACACAUUUUUUAACCAACAGGAAGACAAUUAUUAGAAUGGAUCCCACUAAACUAGUUGGAAGAGUCAAGGAAGUGGUCCGUAUUGAGCACAAAUCGCGUAGAAAUUAUCCGCACAUUUGGCAUGGAAUUGCUGCGAGUGCGGCCAACAAAUUCUAUCAUCCAGACGAACUUGAAAAGCAGAUAGAGGAAAAACUUAAGAUACUAGAAGAACCCGACAGUCAGUGCAAAUCGCGGUUCAUUUCACCUGAAAUGCAAAAGAAUCUGUUGGAGAACUGCCGUUGUGGGCGACCUAGGCGUGGCAUUCAUAUGGGCAAGUGUCUACAACGGGCCCUUAAUACGACUUCAAGUGACCAAAAUAUGCAGACCGAAGAGGCAGAAAUUAUUAUGCCCCAAACUUCAAACUCUCUCAUUGGCUUCAAGACUGCUCCCUACCAACAACUAGAACAAUCUAUGCAAUAUUUAUCGCCGACGAGCUCUAUGCCGGGACCUCGCAUAACUUCCGCACCAUACAACGUCAUUUUCAUAGGUUAACCAAUGUUGUUGUUUCCCACAAUUGCCUUCGAGUCAAUAUAUAUACUGGGGAUUUCUCAACCUACUUUAAAUGCCUUUGUAUUAACUAAUAGAUAAACUUAAAUAUCGAAAA